CCGACAACUUCGUCUCUUCGCGCGCCGCUAUUCUCGCGCUGAUAGCUGGUCUGGCACGGCGUCGCGCUUUUCUUCCGAACCGUCUUCUAUAUCGAAUUCGCUGUACCAAAACUCACCUGGAUGAGCGCUUCGCAACUAUUAUAGCCUUUGCUCUUGCUCGCCGUUGCGCUUAGGUGCUCCGCGCCUCGUCAUCUUUCAUUAGCUCUCAUCAGCCUUCCCCCUUGUCUAUACGAAAGGGACACUCCGAUUCGUCAGGGGCGGCUUCCGAUUUUCAAUAUAUUCUCUCUUUUUGAAGAUGGCCCAAGUUGCUCCGGGUCUUGGACCGGACCGCAAUGAUCGCCCCUGCUAUAACUGUGGUAUAAGAGGCCACAUGUUCAAUGCAUGUCCCGAGGAGCCUCGGAAAGUGCCAGCUGGGUUGGAGGCUUCCUGGGCACGACAUCAGUCAAGUGCUAGCCCUCAUAACGACAGCUUUACACCUAACAAGCGAAGCAAGGGUCCGGUAAUUACGCGUUACCCCCCUCCGCCUGCUGCUGCUUCUCAUCAUCCACCCCCUUUGCCUCGCUUCGAUAAUUCACCACCUCAACCUUAUCCACCAGGACCAAUUCCAGGCUAUCCUCCACCAAACCCAUCCUAUGAUCGGUAUGGGCCUCCAGGACCUCCAGGACCUCCCGGUCCGCCACCGCCGCCGCUUGGUUCUCAACCAUUAAAUCCCCCUGGUUACCAUAGCAACCCUUAUCCUCCGGCGUAUGGUCCUCCGGGCUCUGUUCAUGGACCUUUUGAUCACCACCGCGCCCCUCCUCCUGCGCGUCCUAGCCACUAUUAUCCCAAUGAUUAUCCUCCAGGCCCUCCCGGCCGACCUGACCCAUACCCCCCUAACCAAUUCCCCGCAGGCCCACCUGGCCCUCCACCGUAUGCCUCACAGCAACAGUACCCCCCUGGUCCUCCACCACCAUACCCACCGCCACCAAGUUUUAGUCAUCCGCCUCCGCCAUUCGGUUAUCAAGGCCCUCCCCCCGGCUAUGCUCAAGGUGAAUAUAGCCAACCACAAAGGGAACCUCCUCCUACUCUCUACCACCAUCCGUAUGCACCUCCCGACCCCUAUGGUCAACCGUACGGGGACGAGAGAGACCGUUAUCAGCGCGAUCGAGACCGAGAUCGGCAACGCCGCUACGAUGAUAGGCGUUCAACCGAAGCUUGGCACGCUCAAGAUGGAUGGCAUAAUUCUCCGCCAUCAAAUGAUCAACCGUAUAGGGAUGAUUAUCGCGAUAACAGGCAUGGCAAACACCCACAUCGAGAUGAUCGACCGCCUCGUAGAUGGGGGCAUGGUAAGCCUGGGGAUGAGCGACGUCGAGAUCGCUUUGACCGUUCUCACCCAUACAAAAACUCGGACAAAUCAGACAGACCUUCUCGUCGAAGACAGCAAUCUAUAAGGACUCCAAGUCAGAUGGCCCCUCGGGAGCGCCGGGAACGGAGCCCUCUUGACCGAGAAGCAUCCAUAACUGUCAAACCCGAUCAAGAACGCGAGCCCGGCGAGAUAAUAUCUGAGCCGGCCUCAGCGUCAGAGCACGGUGACGCAGAAAAUGCCCAAAGCACAGUUCCGGACAAAGACGAAGAAGAUUUGAAUUGGGAUGAGCGAACAAUCUUCCAGGAGCCCCCUUCGACUAUUAAAGUAGAUCCUAUCGCAGCACCCUUACCGGCCGAAUAUUCCGAGGAUGUGAUGAUUCCUCCUGCAUUUGAUGCUAAAGCUUUGAAGUCUCGGUUCAUCACACCACGUAAUGUGGACGAUUUUGCACAAAGCAUUCGCGAAACUCGGGAUUGGCAGGUAAUGCAGCAUCAUCCUGUGUUCCUGGACCCGGGAGAGAUUUGCCUUGAAAAAUUGAUUGAUUACUAUAAAGCGACCCAAAAAGACACUACCCGGUACAGCCACCGAGAUCGCUCUGGAAAUUCUCACGGCGUAGGUAAACCCCGCCACGGUAGCUCAAAGGGACCGGGGCGACAGCAUGGGAAAAAUCAAGACCAAAGAUACAAACCAGACCAAAGGAAACGGAGAUGGAAUGAUUUUCACAGUGAAGCCGAUGAAUAUAGGACGGAGAGGCGCCAUCGCGAUUUUCCGCAUGACGAUACACUUAACAAGAGAAUUAAACCUGCAUCGCCCGAACCUGGAGAGGUUAUCGAGGAUGAUUCUCAAGAUCCUUACGAACCUCCUUACGAACCCCCCGAAGCACCUAUAACGACUACUGAAAAUCACGAAUGGGCCCGAGAGCCAGGGAUCGCUAAGGAUGCUUCGUCGCAAGACUUGAGUGUUAAUAACAGAAGCAAUGGGUCAACUCACGAUGCGAUAAACCGAUGGGAUGACCAGGACAAGUCUAAUAACACGCAUCUAUCAACGCCACUAGCGCUUACGGCGGACAAUUUCCCGCCGUAUGAUCGACCAUCGAGCAGAAACAGCUCUAGAAGCUUCCGCAAAAAGAGCUCUCAUAGUCGACGUUCUUCAAUAGGAAGCCAAAACUCCGGUUCUGGGGGUUCCGAUCUUGAUUCUAUCGACCGCCAACUGUUAGGACUGGCUGAGCCUUCAGCUAGUGGUAGUGAAGGCGAAGGGGAGUCGCCGAAGCAACGGCUCAACGAUAUAACACCGAAACGUAAGCCCCGACAGCCCAUGUCUGCGGCAUACUCACGUCGGUGGUGAUGAAUUGUAUAUACGAUUGUGCGAUUUCACGAUUACGAAGCUGGAUGUCUUGACGACU